AUGUCGAUGUUCACAAAAAGAUUCUUUUACAAACAGAUGAUAUGCAAAGAGCAUGAUAAGACUUGCGAUAGCAUAUGUUUUAAAUGCAACAUUUUAAUUUGCACAAAGUGCUAUGUUGAGCACUUUCAACACCCGGAACCAGCUUUGCAUAUAAAUCACAUAGAUAAGAUCAAAUUGUAUUUAUCUAAUCCAUUUGGAUACACAGAAUUAGAACCUAUAUUGAUCAAAACGAAAAAGGAGGAAGAAUGGAGCGAAGCCAAAAAAUUAUCCCAAAAAUUUCUUUCUUUAUCAGCUACCGAGAAAGAUAUAAGAGAGUUUUACUGUGAAUUACACAAUUUCCUUACUCUUCAAGAGAGCAACGAAUUACAAAAUAUAAUAGAAGAGAAAGUAAUAUUAGAAGAACAAAUCAAUAAUAAUAUCAAUAAUUUAAAAGAGAUAGUAAAGUUAAUAGAUUCUUGUAAGCUGUUGCAUCCAACUUCAACAAAUAGUAAUAGUGAUAGUAGUAAUAGUGGAGAUAGGCAAUCAGAUAUGUCACAAAUAGACACAGAAACACUAACGAAAUCAAUUUCCGAAUGCCCGUCUCUUCAGACGUUUAUGGAAAAUCAUAGGAGAACAUUGUUCAAUGUUCAAAAUAUUAUCGACCAACAACUACAGCCACACAGAAAUGACACCACCCCAUUCACUAUGGAUAACAUUCUCCAACAACAUAACAAUUCACCAUCAUUACUAUUAUUGGAUAUUAUUCACAAGUACAGUCUGCAAUUCAAUCCAGCAGAAAAACUAAACAACAAUAACUACAACAACAACAAUAACAAUAAUAACAAUAACAAUAACAAUAACAACAAUAACAACAAUAACAUUAAACUAUCUCGAAAGCCUGUUAUCAAUAAAUUCAUUUCUUCUUUUAAAAAAAAAAUAGAUGUAUUGUUUCCAAAAUACAACAAUGACAAUAAAGGAAGAUAUAUAUUCACCACCCACCAAGAUGAAGGAGCAACGCUUAUCAACACAUCAAACAACAAUUCAACCGAACAAUUAUCUUUUGGACGAUGCUUUAAGCAAACCUAUGCUUCAAUAAUUGCAAUCAAUGAAUAUAUCUAUGUGUUCGGUGGUUCUAGCCAUCAAACUAAAUGGUGUAAGAUUUCAACUAAAUCGAAAUUAAUUGAUCAUAUUGGCGAUAUGAAAUCAAUCUCUGACGACAACACAAAGAUUGAAGAAAUUGAAGGUGAUUGGGCUAUUUCAGUUUGUUAUGAUGGUCAAGAUCAUAUCUAUUUGGUAAAUGGUUUUAGAACAAAUAGAAUCGAUCGAUUCAACAUCAAGACAAUGAAAUUUGAAAAAUAUCAUAAACUGCCUGUCCAUCACGGUCAACAAGUAUCUUCGAUGAUCUUCAAAGGUAAACUAUACACAAUACCAUUCAACAAGGAUUUUAUUAUAGAAUUUGAUAUUGCAAACAAAACAACGGCUAUUUCUCAUAUUGGUACAAUAGUAUACACAGCCUGUAACGAUAACAAUGGUACCUUCUUCAUACAUUCAAAAGAACCAGAAUUAGGUUUCAUUCAGUACAAUGUUGAAAACAAAAACACAAUCAACCUAAGCCCAAACAAUCUACACCCAGCUCCGACUAAGUCUGGAAUUGUAUUUUUAAUGUAUCACCAAGAGUCAGAAACAUCAAGUUGUAUCUAUUCGUUUGGUGGUGUGGAUAAUGGUAAUUUCAGAUAUUCGAUUGCAGAUAAUGAAUGGGAACGAAUCUUUAAAGAUGAUAAAUAUUAUCGGUCUCGGUGCGGAUCUAUAUCAAUUAUUUUAAUAAACAAAAUUAAUUAA